AGAAAGAAAGAAAUAUCAAUCACCAAAAAAAAAAAAAAAAAUCUGCAGCAAACUUCGUCUCUCUUCUUCCGUUGUUCACGCGUUUACAGGCUUGAUAAUCUCCCCCAUUUCGAUUUGCUGACCGACUACUCCCGAAGAAUCAGCGAGGAAACUCAGCAUUAUUAUUAUUAUUAUUAUUAUUUAUUUAUGAGCUUAGAUCUACUCUGUAUCUUUGACUACUGACAUUUCUUCUUUCUCUCUGUCAAUGCUGAAGGAUUAAAGGCUCCAAUAAGAUGAGCCCGUCAAAAGCAGCAUCGAGGACGACGACGAAACAAUCUCUAGUUCCUCUUGCGACCCUCAUUGGUAGGGAGCUGAGGAGCGAGAAGCUUGAGAAGCCUUUACUCAUCCACGGCCAAGCUGCUCUCGCUAAGAAAGGUGAAGACUUUUUUCUGAUCCAAACCGAUUGCGAGAGAGUUCCUGGUGAUCCUUCCUCCGCCUUCUCUGUUUUCGGGAUAUUUGAUGGUCAUAAUGGUAACUCGGCUGCUAUUUAUACUAAGGAACAUCUUCUGGACAAUGUGGUGAGUGCUAUCCCUCAGGGUGCAACUAGAGAUGAGUGGCUUCAGGCUCUUCCUAGGGCUCUCGUUGCUGGCUUUGUCAAAACCGACAUUGAGUUCCAGCAGAAAGGGGAAACUUCUGGAACGACGGUGACAUUUGUUAUAAUUGAUGGUUGGACUAUCACUGUCGGUUCCGUUGGCGACUCACGCUGCAUUUUAGACACCCAAGGUGGUGUGGUUUCUCUUCUGACUGUCGAUCACAGGCUGGAAGAGAACGUUGAAGAGAGGGAGCGUGUAACUGCCAGUGGGGGUGAGGUCGGAAGGCUCAAUGUUUUUGGUGGCAAUGAGGUCGGUCCACUUCGAUGCUGGCCUGGUGGUUUGUGUCUUUCGAGGUCCAUUGGUGAUACAGAUGUGGGAGAAUAUAUUGUCCCAAUACCACAUGUUAAGCAAGUCAAACUUUCAAAUGCUGGAGGGAGACUCAUUAUAGCUUCAGAUGGUAUAUGGGAUAUACUGUCCUCUGACAUGGCUGCCAAAGCUUGUCGUGGUUUAUCUGCCGAGCUUGCUGCUAAACUUGUUGUUAAGGAAGCAUUGCGAACAAAAGGGUUGAAGGAUGAUACUACUUGUGUAGUUGUUGACAUUGUUCCAUCUGAUCAUCUCACCUUGGCCCCAACGCCUAAGAAGAAACAGAACACAUUCACCGCAUUUCUUUCUAAGAAAAAGGAUACUGACGCCAACAAGAACGGGAACAAGCUUUCUUCUGUUGGAGUUGAAGAAUUGUUUGAAGAAGGUUCUGCUAUGCUUGCAGACAGAUUGGGAAAGGAUGUUCCCUCCAAUACGGAAACUGGGCUGUUAAAGUGCGCUGUAUGCCAAAUAGACCAAUCUCCAAGUGAAGUUGUAUCAAGCAACGAGGCGGCUGCUAUCAUCUCCUCAGCAUCUAAGCGAUGGGAAGGUCCCUUUCUAUGCACAAUAUGCAAGAAAAAGAAAGACGCCAUGGAAGGAAAAAGACCAAGCAAAGGUUCAGUGACUACUACUUGAAACCCACUUUUUCUUUGAAAGAAACCCAUAAUAUCUGGUAAGAAAUUGUGCAUGUGUCUCGUCUUUUUUUUUUGUUUUAAAUCUUACCUUCAUCAUCAUGUGUGUUGUGAGAGUCUGUGGUUUUGUGUUCUUAUCCCAGGCAUUGAUUGGAGUAGCAUUUAAUAGUAGAAGUUGAUGCAAAAUGUUAUGUAGAGAAUAGACCCAACCAAUUCUUAUAUCCAUUGUUUAAAAUAUGCAUGGUUUAUGUUCUUUGCCUC